UUUUUGCGCUGGAAGAUGAAGCCCAUCUUAGAUGUAGGAAAGGACUUCCUCGCUAAGAAUGAUGUUGGUGUUGCUGCUUUCUCACCCGACGGAAACGCCUUUGAUUACCAAGAUGUCGACCAAGCCAUGCUGUCUAUUAUUAUGGUUUUCCAGAGCACUUCACCUGCCGGUGGUGCUAUCGACAACAAGAUUGAGCAAGCAAUGGACUUGGUUAAGAGUCACUUGUUGUUUGCGGUGAGGGAGGAGGUGGAGGUCCUGAAGGAGCAGAUCAAGAUCCUGGUAGAGAAGAAUGACUUGCUCCAGGAGGAGAACACAACCCUGAAAAAGAGACUACAGGCCAGCACGGCCCAGCCCCAAGGAAACCCCAACCCCGGUAUGGCCAUAGCCGCUGCCCCACACCAAGGCAUGCCCAUCCAACCACCAACACAGGAACAACAGCAGUAUCCCAACAUGCCAAACCAAAUGGGUCAAAAUCUAGGGCAGAAUACGAUGGGUCAAGCUUUAUCGGACCAUGCAGCGUACCCUCAGCACCCAAGACCAACUCAACAGACGCACAGCACGCCCAACCCUGGAGGAUUGCCGGAUUCCAAUCCACAGUACACGCCACAGACCGGUGCACACUCGCAGUUACACAUACAAACUGGGCAAACACAGCAGCAGCAGUCGCAACAACCGCCACAACAGCAACAACAUCUAUCGCAAGGGAUGCAGCAGCAGGACAUACCGCAAUACUCGCAGGUUGCAGCGACGGCACCGCAACAGCAGGCACCGUCACAGGCAACGCCGCAGCAGCAGCCGCAGUACCACACACCGAUGACGCCCGGUGCCGUGGGGAACCGACCGAACACGACGCACUGAUGCUUUCAACUCUAAGAACCCUUUCUUGCGGAAAGCCACUGCUAAAAGAGAUUAGACUGUGUGCCGCUCAGCGUAUAUGCAUUCCACCUUGUAUGACCGCUUGCUCAGUGCUCAAAUAACCACCUUUUUCAAAGAUCACUCGCUACUAUCUCUCGCAUCUUGAGCUAACCUCUAGUAUUUAGUUGAUGAAACUUGGACAACUUUGGAGAGCCUAACGGCAUAUUGGUGGUCUACAAGCUUGAAGAAAAGACUUCCCUUUCCUCUGCUCGCUGUAUGAGGAGGAUGAUACUUAUUCCAUCAUAUUAUGCCAGUAUAAAGAUGUUCAAAUCAAAUGUCCAUUAUGACAGCAAUAGCCUGUAUAUAUACACAUAUAUGUAUAUGAUAUUACUUGGGCAAGAUCAAAUGUCUUUGUUUUUCUUUGCAAAAGUACAAUAAACGUGAUAAUACGUAUGUCUAUUAAAACUGAAGAUGCCUAUUUGUGUCCAGAUUAUGUACUGCUGAACUGUUUUCUUUGUUUGGCUAAAAUAAUAGCCAGGAUGUGCCUAUUUGUUGUUGAUAUUAAUUAUUGUUCUGUACUGUAUUAUGCUAAAUGCCAUACUUCGAAGACAUUUAAACUUGAGAUUUUGAAAAUGUGCUAAAAGGAACUCACAAUGUAAUAGAUAACAGUGUAGAUAAGUAGAGACUUGUAUUAUUCACUUCUUUCAUUAACUGCUUUUUAAUUGAUUAGCUCAAGCUGUAGAAUUAAUUAUCUUUAUAGCUACUUUGAUCAAUUAUUCAAAAGACUUUAGCCUACACUUUUCUUUUCCUCCGUAGCAUAAACGAAUCUGUUGCAUAUUUAAAUAUUAAUGGAAUCAUUCCAUAUUUUUUGUGCCUGUCACAUAUAUUAUAAGGUGCUCUGUUUAAAGAUUCAGAAUUUAGUUUCUCAUGUUUUGUUUUCUUUUCAUUCAUAUGAUUUUUUGCAUCAUUAGAAACAACAGUUGUAAGGCUGGCCGAUACUGAAAGUGCUAAUAGCUGUGUUGAUCUUCUCUUUUCAGGGGUUAAAUUCGGGUUUCAAAAUGUGUUUCUGGGCAGAAUUUGUCGUUGAUAAACGCGAGAUAUAUUGGCUUUCGUUAAAUAUAGAAUUCAUGACUUCCCCUCACUUCUACCGAGCAGCAAGACAUUUUUACAAGGGCGAACCAAGCAUUUUCUUCGAUUGCACUUCCGAAAGAAAUAUUCUUGUAGCUCCUAACAAAUUGAAUAGACAAUUGUAAUAUUCUCAUCGUAAUCAAUUUCUGUAAAGAUUGAGACUUUAGUGUGACACUUGUAUAAAGAUCUUCUUUUUUGGCUAAUCUCCCUGUCCUUUCUUUCUCAUUAUCAAUGAAUUACCAUGGCAUCGAAAUAAAAUUAAUUGAAUUAAGCAGAUCUUUUAAUAAAUCAAUUGCAUUGGCUCCAGUUGAAAACUUGUUUUUUAUUUAUUUCUGGGGGGAGGGGCUUAUUUUCACAACUUACAUUGACUGCUAAAAUCGCAACAUCAUAAAUCUUUAACAUUGCAAUGAUUGUGAAUUAUCCAGGAUUCUUUUUUUUAAUAAUCUAGUCUAGCUGAUUUGAUAUUUGAUGCCUACUUCAAAAAAAAUAUAACAAAUUUAGAUGUCUGAAAUUAAAUAUUGAGGAAUUAAAAGUUUUACAUCUGUAGAUUAAUUUUCUUUUUUAUUCAGUUGCCCCAUUCUUACUGAGAAGUCAAAUAAUGGUCAAAGAAGUAUGGUUUGCAUAAUUUUGCAACUCUAUCCAAAGUUAUUUUCUUUUCUAUGAUUGUUUAUAGAGAAUUGGAAUUGUAUGAAUGUGCAAUUUUAUAUAUAUUUUUUUUUAAUUUUGAGUGGUGCACAAGAAGCUUACUUACAAUUAUGAUUUGACAAUGUUCGAUUGCUUCCAAGAAAAUUGUGUAUGACUGUAAUGAAUGGUAUGAGCAGAGUGUGGAUUCAUGUGUUAAUGUAUUAUGAAAGUUCUAAUGAAUUGAUUUGCGCAUUUGUGUACAGUAACUAAAUAUAUAACUUCAAAUUUCAGAAAUGUAUGCAUCAUUGUUCUGUUUUAUUGAAUAUAUACGAGAUAUGUCAUCCAAUGUAUAGAGGAGAAAAGAAGGGGAAAAAAGCACAGUUUAUUUUGGAAGAUAAUGAAUAAUUCUGUUUUAAUUGAACACAAUAGACCACUAAUCUUGUGUAAAAAAAAGUCUAGAUCUGGAUAUUGGUAUUUAAUUGUUUGGAGACCCCUACCUGUAGUCACUCAUCCCAUAUACAUGCAGUAUACGUACCUCCCAGUUAUAUUCGACCAGGGAAUCUGUCCCCUUGGGAGUUUUCACUUACUAAAAUGUAUCUGUAAUAAAUCUUCACAUAUCAUAUGAGGAUUAUAUAAAAUGCAUGAUGCGUAAUUAUUAAUCUUUGAAAAACUCCCUGUGAUCUUCUGUGAUUGCAUUUAUGGAUGAGAAUAUCGUUCAUAUCCGAGUCUUCAACCGGUACAAUCUCAGUUAACAUUGCUAUUGUCAGCCCCUUCCCCCUCUUUCAAAUGUUUUCUCCAAUUGCGGUGGAUCACGCCUUUAAGCAUCAGUGGCGAUAUAUGGCAUCUGAAUGCUCCUUUUUUACGAGUGGUGAUUGAUCAAUAAUAAUUUACCACCACGUGCAGCCCCGUCUGUGAUAUGGAUAAAAAGUUGCGAUAACAUCAGAAUGACAUGUUUCAUUGCCACUGGUGAUUGUCGGCGCUAUCCAUCGCAGGUGGUGAUGACAUCUGAAACUGCCCAAAAUCUCUGUUUUGUUGGUUGAAUUAUACCAUUUCAUUAGAAAAACAACAGAAGACAAAGAAGUUAGCAUGUUCGGGGAGAUAAAAGAGAGCUAUACUCUGAUAAAAAAAAGAUAAUAAUUUGAAUUUAUAUUUUUAAUGUUCCCCAAAAUGAUUUUUCCAGUUCCCACAUCGUAACUUCUCAAUUUUACUUGGCAGAUAUUAUGUGUGAAGAAUAUUUAGUAAUAUCUUAGUUUGUUUCAACCGCAGUCUUGCAAUACAUGGAUUUAUAUAUCAUGCUGUAAUUUACUACCGGCAGUGUUGUUUACAAUUACAAGGCUUACAGUUGUGUAUCUUGCUGGGUAGUUUCUUGGAGCACUAGUAGCACGUUCUUUCUAAGGCACCUCACUGACGGUCAGACUCGUUUCUUUUCGUAGGAAUGUCGCUAGGCGCUAGCGACUUUUCAUCGCGAAUCUCGACGUUUCGUCAAAGACGAGGCAGCAGGGCUGCGGGAAAGUCGCACAAUGCCUUUACAGCAAGAUUACUGCAAAAAAGUCACUACUGCGUCUUUACCCGCAGCCUCCGUGUUUGUCGGUGAUGAAAUGGGAGGAUUAGCGACGUAAGGGCGCUUGUGGGAUACCUGCAGGAAAGACACUGCUCUGACAUUUGGUGAAAUUCCUACAGUGCACUCUAUAUAUCCCAGUUCAAAUUCACUCCUUAAAACGAGACGUUACUCUGUUUUCGCAAAUCACUAGCAGACUGAGUGAGUGUAGCUUUCCAUGUAUUGGGGUAGGACAAUAGAUUAUGUAGCAUCUAAAACAUUGUCAUAUCUAAAAUUAGUGUCAUACUUUGUUGAAACUGGCAUGCAAGCAUACGUUGCCCUCUACAUAACUUUCAUAGUAUAUCAAUUGUAGGAAUUUCUCUGCUAACACUAAUAUUUUAAUCUCACAUAGACAAUUUAGAUUACAAUAUAAUCGUAUGAUCGUAGAGAGAUAGGUAUUCCAUGUUAUAUUUCAUAUCAUCAUAUCCAGUCAUUGAGAAGAGAAUGCAUUACGUCCUUUGUGUGUUUGAAGAUAGCAAGUCCUAUAGUCUCAAAAUAGACAAUGGGGUUUCAUUCUCGUUUCUACACCCACACAAUGUAUGAGAUAAAAAAUAUAUUCCAAUUCUAUUUACACAAAAUAUGAUGAAUGAUGGUCUUACUAUUAUAGGUAGGUUUAGAUAGCUAUUCACUUCAGUUUUGAAUUUUUUGUUUAUGGCCAGAACGACAGAAGAUCUUGAAUUGAAAGUUGAUAUUGUUAUGACAGUUGUGUUAGCGUAUUUGUUCGAUGAGAUGUUGUUGCCUUUGGCAACAAGCAUUUGGCAUCGCAGAAUUAAGGCUGGAUGCUGUUACUUUGUUGGAACCAACCUGUGUGUGAAAUAUUGAAAAAAACAACUUUGAUUUAAGAAUUUUUUGGGGUAUACAGUACUGCAUAUAAGACAUACAUGAAUAAAGAAAAAAAAUCACGUUGCAU